AUUGCCAGCUGGGCAUGAAAUUCCUAGUUGUGAUGAUGUCGUGUCAUCCUUCAUUGCAAGGACCUAUGUGAUUUUUGUUAUAUCUGAUAAUAGUGAUACGAGACCACCGGUGCGGUCUGGUGGUCUGCCAGCACGGUCGCAAGCAUCACCUGAAUCCCAGGAGCAACCCCAGGAGCAGCCACAGCUAGCACACCAGCAACACCAUCAGCAGCAACAGCCUUCGUGGACAAGCAUGGACUGCAGCAAAGCACCAAGACCACCGGUGCGGUCUGGUGGUCUGCCAGCACGGUCGCAAGCAUCACCUGAAUCCCGGGAGCAACCCCAGGAGCAGCCACAGCUAGCACACCAGCAACACCAUCAGCAGCAACAGCAGCAACAGCCUUCGUGGACAAGCAUGAACCGCAGCAAAGCACUAACACAUGGAUCCACUGCAUUCUCGAUGGCAAUGAUGCAGCAGCCGCAACAACAGCAGCAGCAGCAACAACAGCAGCAGCAGGCGCAACAACAGCAGCAGGCGCAACAACAGCAGCAGACGCAACAACAGCAGCAGGCGCAACAACAGCAGCAGGCGCAACAACAGCAGCAGGCGCAACAACAGCAGCAGGCGCAACAACAGCAGCAGGCGCAGCAACAGCAGCAGGCGCAGCAACAGCAGCAGGCGCAACAACAGCAGCAGACGCAACAACAGCAGCAGCCGCAACACAAGCAGCAGGCGCAACUGCAGCAGCAGGCGCAACUGCAGCAGCAGGCGCAACUGCAGCAGCAGGCGCAACUGCAGCAGCAGGCACAACAACAGCAGCAGGCGCAACAACCUCAGCAGCUUCAGCAACCUGCCUUACCGCCGGCAGCGAUUGGCAGCAAUCUACACCGGUCACAAUAUGGUAAGACGUCAAGGGCAUCCUACCCUAGUGGAUCCAGUGGCGCAGCAGUAUACACUGAUACGAGAUCGCCGUACCAUCGCUUUGGCCACAGACCGGUGCAGCAAGGUCACACAUCAUACUCUGGAUCUUCGGUGAAGGCACUGUCGGGACACCAGAGCAGUCAGACAUGUGGAUCCACUGCAUCCUGGAUACCAGUGGUGCCGCAACAACGGCAGCAACCGCAACAACAGCAGCAGCAGCCGCAACAACAGCAGCAGCCGCAACAACAGCAGCAGCCGCAACAACAGCAACAGCCACAACAACAGCAGCAGCCGCAACAACAGCAGCAGCAGCCGCAACAACAGCAGCAACCGCAACAACAGCAGCAACCGCAACAACAGCAGCAGCAGCCGCAACAACAGCAGCAGCCGCAACAACAGCAGCAGCAGCCGCAACAACAGCAGCAGCAACCGCAACAACAGCAGCAGCCGCAACAACAGCAACAGCCACAACAACAGCAGCAGCAGCCGCAACAACAGCAGCAGCAGCCGCAACAACAGCAGCAGCAACCGCAACAACAGCAGCAGCAGCCGCAACAACAGCAGCAGCAGCCGCAACAACAGCAGCAGCAGCCGCAACAACAGCAGCAACCGCAACAGCAGCAGCCGCCACAACAACAGCAGCAACAGCCACAACAACAGCAGCAACCGCAACAACAACAGCAGCCACAACAACAGCAACAGCCGCAGCAACAGUCUUAUGCACAGAUGAUGACUGACACCGUGCUAGAUGCAUUGCGUGCCACUGACCCUCUCUUCUUAGACGACAGAACUCAGUUAAUUCUAACGAUGUUGCGUGGCGCCACGCUACGGGGAAUAGGCUCCACUGGCAACACCGCGCAGUCUGAUCCGAGCAGCACAGGAAUGGCUCAGAUGGGAGCAGCUAAUCUAUCAGCAACAGCAGAUACAGGCCUGCCAUCGCAAGCACUGACACCACCGGCACGGUCUGUUGGUCUGCCAGCGCGGUCGCAAGCAUCACCUGAAUCCCGGAAGCAACCCCAGGAGCAGCCACAGCCAGCACACCAGCAACGCCAUCAGCAGCAACAGCAGCAGCAGCCUUCGUGGACAAGCAUGGACCGCAGUCAAGCACCAACACCACCGGCACAGUCUGUUGGUCUGCCAGCGCGGUCGCAAGCAUCACCUGAAUCCCGGAAGCAACCCCAGGAGCAGCCACAGCCAGCACACCAGCAACGCCAUCAGCAGCAACAGCAGCAGCAGCCUUCGUGGACAAGCAUGGACCGCAGUCAAGCACCACAGACUAAUGGAUCCACUGCAUUCUCAAUGGCAAUGACGCAGCAACAACAGCAGCAACCGCAACAACAGCAGCAGCCACAACAACCUCACCUACCGUCGGCAACGACUGGCAGCAGUCUAUACCAGUCACGGUAUGGUAACACGCCGACGGCAUCCUCCCUUAGUGGACCGAGUGGCGCAGCAGUUUUCGCUAACACGAUGUCUCCGUACUAUCGUUCUGGCAACAGACCGGUGCAGUAUGAUCAAACAUCUCACUCUGGAUCUUCAUUGAAGGCGCUGUCGAGACACCAGAGCAGUACGCUUUACGACAUCAUGGUACCGGGAAUUGGUCCCACUGCCACUCUCUACGCCUACAACAAAUCGCAGUUAUUUCCGGAUGGCAUGGGAAUGGCUCAGAUGGGAGCAGCUAAUCUAUCGGGAGCAGCUAAUCUAUCGGCGACAGCAUAUACAGGGCUGCCAUCGCAAGCAUCGAUGUUUGGUAACGACAUACUAUCGAGAAUGGGUGUCACUGGCGAUCUCUACUCCUUCGCUACAUCGCCGUGUUUCCCGGAUGGCUCCGGAAGCAAAAACAUAGACACGAGGGCUGAGUUUGUGGAGUGGUAUGAGGAAGAGGAGGCCAAGAACCAGGGAAUUAGCUCUGCGUCUGGCCGGGUUGAUCAAGGAAUUAGCUCUGCCUCUGGCAGGGCAGAUCAGGGAAUUGGCUCUGCCUCUGGCGGGGUUGAUCAGGGAAUUAGCUCUUUAUCUGGCGGAUCCAAUCAGAGAAUUAGCCCUGCCUCUGGCGGCACUGAUCAGAGAGUUUGCUCUGCCUCUGGCGUCGUUGAUCAGGGAAUUAGCUCUGCCUCUGGCGGGGUUGAUCAGGGAAUUAGCUCUUUAUCUGGCUUAUCCUAUCAGAGAAUUAGCCCUGCCUCUGGCGGCACUGAUCAGAGAGUUUGCUCUGCCUCUGGCGUCGUUGAUCAGGGAAUUAGCUCUGCCUCUGGCGGGGUUGAUCAGGGAAUGAGCUCUUUAUCUUUAUCCGGCGGAUCCUAUCAGAGAAUUAGCCCUGCCUCUGGCGGGACUGAUCAGAGAGUUUGCUCUGCCUCUGGCGUGGUUGAUCAUAGAAUUAGCUCUGCCUCUGGUUGGGCCUCAUCAGGGAAUUAGCUCUGCCUCUGGCGGUACUAAUCAUUUCGAGGAUGACCACGUUGACGACAAUUACGACGGUGCAGCAGGAGCGUGAAUACAAAUAUUCAAAUAAAAAUGACAUUUUGAGGUAAAAUGUACGUGCGAUGACAGUGUGCCUGCUGCCACAUGGUGAGUCGGUGGUCUCCCCGACAGGCUGCUGUGCCUCAGACUGAGUAAGAAUAUUUGGGCUGCUGGCUGCAGAUGCGCCGGCAUGAUGUGAAUGUCGACGCAAUGAACACACACACACACAAGCUCCCAUCUCGUUGACCUGUGGACUAUCUUGCCGUCUCGUCGAAUCUCAAAAUCACGUGCAGCAGCCCUGGGAGAAUGCUGUUCAAUGGCCUACAGACUUACCACGAUCGAGUUAGUCACGUGCUCUCACUAAGGCACCUUCAGAGUAUAAUGCGAGAGAUUUGGACCUUUAAAACUCUGGAAUUUCAGACUUUAUGCUUGUGAUGUGGUUUUCCCAGUGUUUUGUCCAGUGUUUCACCGAGUGUUUGGUCCAGUUUUUUGUCCAGUGUUUUGUCUAAUGUGUUUUGUCCAGUGAGUGUGUGCUUCAACAAUGUUUGUUCUCCAAGCUGGUAUCUUCCUAUUGCUGCUCCUGCUGCUGCCUAUCUCAAGAAAUGUGUCAAUAACAAUAGAAAUCCGUCGCAAUUGUUA